AUGGAAGACAGCAAGGAGAACAACUAUUUUGCUCAUCAGAUAUUAAUCAACAACCUUGUUCUUAUAUUUCAGGAGGUGAUGAGGAAUUUGGUUAAGAGAUAUGUGGCAGCAAUGAUAAGAGAUGCUAAAACUGAAGAGGGACUAACAGAAGAGAAUUUUAAGGAAUUAAAGCAAGAUAUUUCCAGUUUUCGCUUUGAAGUAUUGGGUCUUUUAAAAGGAAACAAACUGACUAAUGUACAACACUCUAAAACUAGCACAGAAGGCUCCUCCUCCUUGACAGAAUCUGAUGAAGAAAGUGAAAGUGGAGGAAAUGAAAAAAUUAUGAAGAAAAAUCUCAGUCUUUUCGAAAUAACUACAAUGAUUCAUCCAAGAGUAGUGGCAAGAGUCUCUGAAGCACACAACCAAAGCAAUGGGUCAGCAAUGAGGUUAACUGAGUCCACAAAGGAAAAACAAAAGAAAGUAAACUUUAUAGCUGAUGUAAAAAAGUUUAGGUUAUUUCAUAGACAAUUAAAUAAUUUUACUGAGCACUGUACAAAAAAAAUUUAUUCAAUUUCUGAAGAAAUUUCCCAUCAAAAAGCAGAACAUAAGAAAGUAAUUGAAGUAGGAAAUAAAUCAUUGGCUGUGAACUGUAAGCUAAACAAACAUGAUUUCAGUACAAAGUGCACAGUUCCCAAUAAUAAGCAAGGUAGAAAGAAGAUGUUGGACUCCAUGCUGAAUAAGAAAGCUGCUCCUUUUGACUGGAGGACCACCAAGGGGCAGGCUUCAGAUUUCCCCAGAGAAAAUGAUUUGCUAAACAAUGAGCAGGACAUCAGCAUCAUAAAGGAAGAAACAAAUAUUCAGAGCAGCUAUAUGACAACAAGGUUGUGAUGAAAGCAGGCGCAACCUGUAAAUAUAUAUAUAAACCGCAAAACACUUUGAAGCAGAAAUAUUUAAAAUUAGUUACCAAAUACAGCGUUAGAAUAUUCAAGAACUGUAGGAUAAAAUGUUGUAAUAUAGUUCUAUGAUGAAAAAUAAACAGAAAAAUCUGUUUU